AUGCAUGGCCCACUGCGAGAAAUCUAUCUCCGUCAAACCAAUUUCAAGGAUGUUGUUCCCCAGAUUCUAACCUUUGAUCAUUGGCGUCUCAUUUCACUUUGCAUUCGAGAGCGCAUUGAUGUCUAUGAUGCCUCACAUGCUACCUCUAAGACAUCACAGGAGGAAGAAUCUGAGGAAGAAGUACAUAUCAAUCCAUAUAAAAACGGUAAACUGAAGAUUGGAGCAAAACAACCCCCAGAAACAAUUCACAACAUUGAGAUGCAACUCAAGGACACAGAUGUUGCAUUCAAAGACUUUCGAAAAAAGUUAAUUCCUUUCCUCAAUCAAUUCUGUGUUGUCCACAAUAUUCCACGUCCGGAGAACAAAUACUUCACAGUCGAUAAGCAUACGACAAUCACUGAAUUUCGAUAUCUCCACAUUCAUUAUGAGUCUUGUGUGACAUGGCGUAAGGAGACGGAUCUGCUUCGCUGCAAUCCCUCUUUCAACAAUGCUCCACGCUAUGACUGUGUAAUGGUGAAGAUGUCAACUGCAUCAGAUGUCUUCAUAUUUGCCCGCCUCAUUUUCAUCUUCACAUUCACACUGCGGGACCUUGGCCUUAUCCAUCUUCGUGCUAAACACCGUCGUGAGGCAGAGUUUAUUCCUGUUGGCUCCAUCAUUCGGGGUGCAUAUAUUGUUCCAGAAUUUGAGAAACCAGAUGAGUAUCACGUUGUUGACACUGUUGAUACAGAUAUGUUUCUCCGACUGCGAAGGGUUGAAGCCUACCGGUUUCUAAACUACUAA